CCAACCGGUGCUGUCAUCUAGUCACGAAAUUUCGAAGCAACGAAAUCCCCUGUUCCACGUUGAUCUUGUUAGACCGGUUCGUGAAUAAAUAUUGCUGUUGAAUUUCCGAUUCACAAUCAAUUCAUUUUUUACGACAACGCAAUUAACUAGAUCGCGAUUACUCCGUUUGAAGUCUACGCCCGGUACCACCCAAGCAGGUCACUCGUGCCUCACGAGCAUCACGAGACCCGACUGAAUCGACAUUGUCACGUACAGUCAGGCUUCGGCGAACCACAGUGGAAUAAUGACAGAACGGUCGAGCGAGGAGCUGGCAUCUUCGGAUCUGGGCACUCACGAGUACUGGGAGAACGCGUACGCGCAGGAGCUCGACAACUUCCGCGACCACGGCGACGUGGGUGAGGUAUGGUUCGGCGCGGCCAACACGCGCAAGGUCGUACGAUGGAUCGCUACGAAAUUGGAUUUAAAUAAAGAGAGCGAUAAGAUAAUCGACGUAGGAUGCGGUAAUGCGAUGACUUUGGUGGAACUUGCGAAAGAAGGAUUCGCGAACUUGACUGGGGUGGAUUAUUCACAGAAAGGAGUAGAUCUGGCCCGCAUAGUGCUGAACGAUAACAACUUACCGAAUGUAAAGAUAGAGAUAUGCGAUAUACUCGAUAACACAUUACCGCAUGAUUUUAAAGUUGUCCAUGAUAAAGGCACUUACGACGCUAUUAGUUUAAAUCCAGAAGAUCCGAUGGCAAAGCGACAGAAAUAUAUAGAAAAUAUAUACCAUAUCCUUUUGCCAGGUGGAUAUUUUGUCUUAACAUCCUGUAACUGGACCAAAGAAGAAUUACUGAAACAUUUUGAGAGUCAUUUCGAAUUCGUGAAUCAACUUCCUACGGAUACGUUCCAGUUUGGUGGGCAGACGGGAAAUACUGUAACACAAAUGGUAUUUAGGAAAAAGUAACACUGAAGAAUUUUAUACCUAGCCAUCAAGAUAAAUAAAAUAAUUAUCUAAUUUGUAAA